UUCCAAAAUGGCUGCCGCGAAGAAGAACUCGCGGGAAGACUCUGCUUGGCUGGUGACUCGGGCUCGGGACAGCCUCAAGUCAGACCCUCACGCGGCCAAGGCGUGGCUCAUCACGGCUAGAACACUGUUUCCCGGGGAGUUCUCCGUGCAGUAUGAAGCAUACAGUGUUGAACAGGCUGCAGGUAAUACAACAGGUGCAGCCAAGAUGCUGUACGACAUGUUUACCCAGUUCUCAGACGAGACCAUACUCCAGGCUGAGGUCCACAAGAUGACAUCAGCUCUACAGUCAGACAGUAGAGACCCUGACACUGUCUUCUACACUGGAAUGUUUGAAUCUCUUCCCAGCAGUGCACAGAGAGAUGUGCUUCUGAAAAGUGCAGAAAAGUCUGGAAAUGCAGUUGACCAUUGCCGACUGAUGCUGCUGUUACUGACAAGGUUUCCAGAUACCAGACCUGAACAUGGGGUGAAGCUAGUGGACACCUUGCUUGAUACAGAGAAGAGAGAAAGCCUACCAUCACCUGUUAACUGUUACAGAAAACUGCUAGUAUGUGACACCAUCCCCCUGGUGUGCAGCAGUCCUGACAUCGACGUGUCCCACAAGCAGCUGUACCGCUGGCUGCAGAAGGCCAUGGAGUUCUACAUCUGUUUCCUCACACAGCCACCCUGCAGGGAAGGUUCCAAAGGUCCUGUUCUCUCCUCAGACAAGUCCCCUCUGAAACGCCAGGCCUCGGUGUUCGGUGGCCUGACCAGGCACGCUUCCAUCGAGGGUCUGACAGACAAGGAGAGCGUAGUGCUUGACCCGUGGGAGAGGCUGCAUGAACUGAUGAUGACCAUCGGCUGCCGGUGUGGCUGGGAAAUCAACAUGGCAAGUCUACAGGAGGAGAGGAGUCUGUCAGACAAGUGGCUAUGUCUGAAGGACCUGUACAAUAAGGAGUCAGAUGACCUGGAGGACAGCAGUCAGAGGAAACACAUCCUGUACUCAGCCACCUUCCUGCUGUACCAGUGUGUACACAACUACACUGUCGCUGUGCAGCCAGAACUCUUCUCAGGGUCCACCUCUCACAGCCCUCCCCUUGUAUUGGUGGAAGACAUCAGGAACAGGCCGGCAGUGAAGGAGAGAAAGUCUGGCAAACCUGUCAAGAAGAGAAGGAAACUGGAGGCUGGGGAAGAUAGGGGCACGUCAGAUGACGAGGCAGGUCAGAGGUCAGGUCGAGCGAACAUCCAGAUGAGUAAGAGCGGGCAGGUGCCUCCUGAAGGGAUGGCUUCAUUCCGCACGGCUAUAGACUGCUGGAAACUACUGCACAAACAGCAUGUCAUGGAGAAAGACUUCAGCAGACUGAACCAACACUGGAAGACUGAGGGGUGGGUGUGGCUACAGUCUUUCAUCAUCGACAUGCUUCUAUACCAGGGAGACCAACAGAAAGCUGUCAGUCUACUGGAGGAGUUGUUGGGUAGCUGUAGUGGUAAGGACCAGGAGGAUAACAGACAGACUCUCCUUAGGUUGUCCCUCCAGCUUAGCUCCUGUCAAUUCUGUCUUGGCAAUUAUCAAAGAGCAUGUGAGCUUGCCUUGGAUGCCAUUGCAGAGCUGCCAGUAGAAGUACAGCCUGGGGAUACUGUUCCAUCUAAACAGCAGAAAGCUGACAAAGAAAGUCGACAGUUACUGAUGCUGUCCUGUACAGAAGCUGACAUCCUUCCCUACUGUGUGCAUGUGCUGGUCACAUGUCUCAAAAGAAAUGCCCUGGGUGACUCGGAGGAUGACAUGUCCUUAGGUCACCUGAUGGUCAUGCUGCAGUAUGAUUGGCCCAGCCAGGAGGCACUGUUUAUCAAAGCUGUGGAAAAGAUUGUUCAGCAAGGGAGCUUCACCUACAACAUCUUCUUCAACUAUGUCAUCAACAUUGAUAUGCUGGAGGAGUUUGCCUUCCUGAAGACCCCAGAAGGUGGCAAAAUUAACCUGGAUCUUCUGCCUGUCAGCACAACAGCCAUAUCCAGACAGAGGACAGUGACGAGAGGAGUCCACAAAGGUGUGAAAGAAGACUUCCGAUUGGCCAUGGAGCGCCAGGUCGCGCGCUGUUCUGAACAUGUGGACACUCUUAUCAAGAAGUUCCUGACAGAAGAGAGAGAUAUCAUCCUACAGAACCUGUUGUAGAUGCUAUUGUCUAGCACUUUUUUCAAUAUUGACAUGCCUAUAACCAGGAUUUUGAAUGUGUUCUUUCCAUUGUCUGAGGGACCAGUGAGUGCUAAAGGUGCAAGGCUUCUACUGGCAUGCUCCCCCAGAUAAUUUUGAAAAUUGAACCUUCUGAAAUGGCAUUUCUUUCAUUUUUGAGGG